GGCAAGGGACGCGCUGCGCUCGCGGCCCGACCGGUGACGGCGUUACGUCGCCCAUCAAUCCGUUAUAUACCCUCGAUUCGGGGCUCUGCCCCUUGGCUUCCCCCACUCCCCGCACGGCUGCCUCGUCGCGAACCCCCCUUUACGGCUUGCUGAGUCUCAUCUUACCCGUCGCAAUCGACGUACCACCACCACACUAGAGCGUUCCCCCGCCACCGCUCGUGAAUCGCAUACCCACAUCGAGUCUGACUCGUCCCCCAAUUGCAAUGACGGACAGUGGCCAUGCUGAUAUCCACCUGCUUGACGGACUAGACGACAUGGCUCUCUUAACAUUUGAACAAACGCAAGAGGCGGGGGUAAUCGAUCGCGCGUGCGGGACUCCCACCACGGAUACCAUGUCACUCUUCACACCCCUGCAAAUGGAUCUGAAAGCACUCCCUCGCCUCGAGACAGACACCCCACGCGAUGGGCAGCUUCCCCCAUCGCUCAGCAUCGCGCCCGACGCUACUGGUGUCGAUGUCGUCCGGUCCCCCAUGCUCGGCGAGCCGCAGUGCCCCGGCGCCCCCCUCAUCACUGACAUGGACUCGUUCGGGGACGGGUCUGAGGAAGGGGACUUCGCUGACCUGGUUUCCCUCGCCGCGUCGAAGAUGAGCGAGUCCGACCGCGCCGUAACACAAUCUAACGUACACCUCAUCCCCCAUCACGAUGUCGUCCGCCGCAUUCAGGAGUGGCAGUCCGAGGUAGAGCCCGAGGACAUCGUUGUUGAGCCGCAGGAGCGCGCGGGCGGGCCAUGGCCGGCUAAGCGCCCGCGAUCCGUGGACUCCGGCGACGAGGAGGUCCCCCGGACGCGUCCGCGUAUCCCCAAGGCGGCACCGCGGUCCGUCGUGCAGUUCUGCGCCCCCCCGGGCGAGGAGGGCGUCGAGGACGAGUGUCAGGCAGAGGCGCCGGACUGACGCUGACGCGCGCGAGGCUGUCGCCCACCCCGCCGUCAUCGUCAGACCCGUCACACGAAGCAGAGUCGUCGGACACCCACUCGCAGAGCCAUGCGCUCAUCCCCCUCCGCUCUCCCGGACGUCGGCCCAGCGCCGCGCUUCUAGCGCCGUCGUCCCGAAAGACUACGCCGCCGCCUCUGCGCGCGCGUAAUGUCGACUUGAUAUAUUUAUGACACCGGUGCGGCCAUGAUGAGCGACCUCUGCUCGGCCUGCAGUCCGCGUCCCGUGGAUCGCUAAUGCGCACGGUUCCCAGCACAGCACAAUCAUCGACUUUUCUAUCAGUGUCCUCUCUCCUGGCUGUACUCUCCGUCGUACACGCUACGCAAUGAACGCCCCGUCGAAUUUAUACCUCUUUAUCUUGUAAUAUUCUUUACACGCCGAAUCAAACACGUUUCACCGC